GACUCCCAGUCGCUCCCAUACCUCCUUGCGUGUGUGACCAAACAGCUGAUCGAGUCUAUAAAACACCCUGCCAAUAGUGCGGAGCAUGCACACUCCAUUCUUGCACACACACACACAGCAGCAUGUUAGCACUCGCAGUCCUUCUUCUUGCCGCAGUGGCUUAUGGCCAGGAAAAGUGUAUCCACUCCAACGCUAUGUCGCACACCGCCGACAUGGUCAUUCUCAGGGCCCUCAACGACAUGGACCAGAACGGCGACGGCAUUGUUACCGACAUGGAAAUCCUCAACGAGUUUGUCUCCAAUUUCGAUCACGACGGUAGUCUGUCCAUCUCGAGAGCUGAGUUUGUCAAACAGUGGAGCGCCACCUACCACGACAGCCCUGACUUCGCCGCCUUCAUCUUCACCAAGUUUGACACCAACGGCGACGGAAGUCUUGGCCUCUUUGACGUAUCAGGGCUGAAGAGCAAGGUUGACACUAACCAUGACGGCAAGAUCACGGAUGUGGAGUUCACCAUUUUCCUGACACAUGCCUACAACGAAUGUGUGCAGACGCACGGCUAAUCUGGCAGAAUAUCCGGUUCAGUUCUAAUCAUAUGAUGUUGUGACUUACAAAAUAAACACAUAUUUCGUGA